AUGGAAGAAGACAACGCUGAUGCCAAUGAACAUCAUGGCGAUGCUCAAGGUGACAUGGGUACCUCAACUAGAAACGUUGAUCAUCAACCAGACCAGCUCGACGACGACUCGGCAGUAAUGGAUACCCUCGUCAACCGAGCAGAGGCAGAAGCCGCACAGCAGUACCAUGACGAAGCACAGCAGUACAGAGAUAAAGAAUCUAAUGCCAAAAAAGCUCAAGUAGAAGACAAGACACCUGCUACUUCUGGUUCUACUACCCGUACUAGAAGCACAAACAAAGCCAGGGAAGAAGACGACGAAGAAGCAGGCACAGAAAUCAUGGAGAUUUUGGGAGAACAAGCUGAACUGGCAAUGGCGGAGCAUGUACAAGAAAAACAAGAAGACCUCAAGCAAGCAUGCAAGACCACUCCUGGCCAAAACCCCAUACGCGCCAAUAUGAGGUUCCUUCCAACAAAAUCACCAGAGGCAUUCGACACCACUCCCAAUCAACACCUCUUGCAGACCGCAGCAGAAAUCGAUAAAAGUGCCAAAAUGGAAAAGCGGACCAAGAACGCGCACGAGGCAACAGAAAGAGAAACAGUGCCACCGGGAAACACUCAACGAGGAGAAACAAUCCAGCAAACCACGCAGCGCCGGACAAGCCAACCGUCAUCCCGACCAGGAGCGCCAGAAGAAGCCUUGCUGCAACCAAUGAAUACACCUACCAAUCAUCAAGCUUUAUUGAAUGAUCUAGUGGAACGGAUUGAGCCAAUCCCAAUGGCGCCUACAUCAUUGAGCCGAGGAUCCAACCACCGGCCGCAAUGUCGCCCUGGAGCCUAUAUGGGCAUUGGUGCAACCUUGCAGCGUGUACAAAGCCUCGAUUUUGACCUUUUGGGUAGCAACAACAUCGACGAAACUGAACCGUGGCUCACCGAGUCACGAACAACACAGAAGAUUUAA